CUCUCCUUUUUCGCUUGUGAAACGUGAUUUUAAAGAAAAACAAAAAUACAUUGCCUUCGUGUCUUUUGAAAUGUCAAACUGUUUGUUUUGUAGUUAUUAAUCAUUUCUCUUCUUCUUUUCUUUCGUUUAAAUCAAUCUAUUUCUAUGAACCGAUCUAAUUUUCCAAAACGAUUUGGUCCGGAUGAAAUUGAAGCCAAUCGAAAUAAAAUAAAGGCUUACGUCGUUUGUCCGGUCCCAGAGCAUGCCGUUCCACAACAAUUUGAGACGAUUGGUCGUACAACGUUUAAGAAAUAUAUUCUGAAGGUCUACGAAAAUUUAUACGAUCAGUCUGCAUUUCCGAUAUCCAAAUAUUGGAAUAUACCAUUCGUGGUGUCACAUGACACAAGAAUUCCUUACAUAGUUCAUACGGCAACUAAUGUUAAAACAGUAACUAAGUUGAAACCCGUAGAAAAGCAGACACCAAAACUACAAGCACAACUUCAACCUCGGAAACAAGUGGAAGCAGCAGCAACAAUAUUAGCACCACCAAAAACUGCAGCAUCAAAGCCUUCAAAUAAUAAACGGUCACUAAACGGUCAAUCAGUACAAAUGAAUCGCGAUGAUUUUUCCAUCGAUGACAGCUACUACGCUCCGUCACACGAUGAAAUAAAACUAUUUAAGAUGACCACCACCGAUCUAGAGAUUGCAAUUACCAAUAACAAUCCAAAAGAAUAUCACAAUUGCGUUAACUUUGACACACAAUUGAUACAAAGUGGCGAUUAUUGGCACAUGAUUGUUAUUCAUCAUGAACGUCGUUUUUCGAAGAGGCAGCUGCUUGAAAAACUUUUUGAAGUGGUUGGCGAAUCGGAAUUUUUCCCAAUUGCAUAUACCGAAAGCAAAUUAUCCGAUUAUUUCUUGAUUCGCUUAUGUCGGACUGCGAUUGAAAAACUCUUUCACGAAAGUCUCCGUUUGUCGUUUGGAAAUCAGUUGAUCGUAUAUUUGACAAUCAAAUUUCAAGUUGCUCAAUUCAAACUAGGUCAAAUCUAUCCGUCGAAAAAGUAUACGAAAGCCAUCAACGAUUGUCUGCAACGCAUGAUUAUUUGUGAAAAUGAGCCCAAUGUUCUCGAUUUGGAUCGUUUUUCAACGCACACUGAAUUCAAACACAUUUGCGUCAAUUUGGCCAAUAAAAUGUCACUACAACUGCUGUUCACCACUCUAGAUAAUUUGCAAACCAACAACAAAAUCUUUGACAAAGUCAAUGGAAUUCGUUUGACAAACAACAGCAUUCGAACUCUCGAUCCUCUUUCCAAAAUGACAAAAGUAUCACUAAAUUUACUUGACCUACGAGAUAAUAACAUUCGAACCGUACACGAAUUAGUUACAUUGAAACGUUUGAAAAUUCGCCAUUUAUGCUUGAGGGGUAAUCCAGUGGCUGAUAAUAUUGGUUUCAAAAGAGACAUCAUGGAAAUGAUUCCCGAAUUGGAAAAACUUGAUAACGAAGUACUUCGGACUGAUGGCACAUCAAAACAACUGCAUCUCCUACCGCUACUAAAAGACCAAUACAUCAUUAAGCCGAUAGAAGUGAAAAGCACGAAAGAAGUGUUCAGCGCCCAAGAUUUACUUUUUGAUAUAAAAAAGAUGGACCCGUAUAAAAAUCAUGAUAAAAAUUGGCAUCAAGUGAUAAUUCAUCACAAUGGAAAAGUUUCGCAAAUGGACCUUCUUGAAACUUUAUUCGAAACAAUAGCUCCGAACGAGUUAUAUCCAUGCUACUACCAGCCAGAUUCGAAACAUGAUUCAUUUUUCGUACGUGAUUGCUUUGAAGCUCUGGAAGUUCUGUUCCAUAAAAAGUUACGUAUGAAAACGGCGACCGGUGAAAAUUUAACAAUAACCCUUCGCAUGAAAGUUGCUGAAAUCAAAGAUAACAAUUUGGAUCCAAUAAAAAUGAUUCAUACGGCCAUUAAUUCAAGUUACGAUAUUAUGAAUCAAGCGCUCAAUCUUGAUCGAUUCGAGGAGAAAGACCUAUUUGCCAAUAUGAUUUGUAGAAUUUGUGUUCCACGCACUCUAAGCACAAUAGUUACAUACGCCGGCCGAAGGUACACAAACAAUGUUGAAAAACUCAACCUAGCAUAUAAUGGUCUCCGAUCCACACGAGGAAUGCAUAGCCUUAUUUGGUUGAAGGGCCUUAAGGAAGUUGACUUGAGCAACAAUAAAAUCGAAGAUAUCAAACAAAUCGAAUCAAUACCAAAAGGAAUAAAGGAAUUGUGGUUGGAAGGAAAUCCAUUUUGUUUAAAUUUCCCGAAUGCUUCUGCUUAUAUUACAGCUGUAAAAGAAAUCAUUCCGAAUUUGGAGAAAUUGGAUGGACAUGAUGUUUCAAAGUCACCAAUUAUGGUGAUUCAGCAGAACUUUUUAUGUACACUGGAAGGAUAUGACCUAGUCGAACAAUUUACUUUACAUUACUUCAACUGUUUCGAUGCUCCCAAUCGUGUUCGUCUUUUGCGUGGUUUAUACCAUACGAACUCUGUCUUAACGAUGAGCAUAAAUUCUCUGGGAAUGGCGGAUAGUUUGGCCAAGAGAAUGGCACCAAUAAUCGACAAGUGUCGAAAUUUCAAACGUGUUGUGGCAUGUAAUCCAGCACAAAAUCUUUUCCAAGGACCAGAGCAGAUUGCAUCAUUAUUUGGUGUGUUUGGCACCACCGAGCAUGAUUUCUCCUCUUUCACAAUUGAUUUAUCGGGUUACACGCCAACCAAAGCCAUAAUCACUAUUAAUGGCCUCUUCAAAGAGACCGGUAGUACAUUGAAUGAUGAAGAAGUGAUUUUGGGCUUUUCACGCACAUUCAUAAUUGCGAAAAUGACUGAUGGAUUGGGAAUGUUUCAUGCCAGUGAAGAAUAUCAAAUUUUAAACGAUAUUCUAUUAUACUAUCGUCCAUCAGUAAAGCAAUUGGACAAUUCAUUCAAAACGUCCCGGCCAACCCCCGUUUUGGAAACAAACUCAAGUGAUGUUACAGACGAAGAAAAACUGGGACUCGAAAUAAUUUAUCACGAAUUGACGGGGCUCAAUAGUACGUGGUGUAAAAAACUGCUGGCUUUGGCGAAAUGGGAUUUUCGUGCCAGUCUGGAAUCAUUCACAGAUCUUCUUAAAGAACAACAUUUUCCACCUGAAGCAUUUUGUUGAACACAUUUUAUUAAUUGAUACAAAUAAGUAUAUAUAUAAGAAAAAAAACAUGAUAUUUAGACACUAAAAACUACAUCUGUAAUUGAUAGAAAUCUUUUGGUAAAAAAUGAAAUCAACAAUAGAUUUGUAAAUUUACAGAUGUUGUUUUUUUAGAUAUAUAAUAGCUUAAAAUUGACAUCUAUGUUUAAGGAGCAUAAGCUAAUAAUUUUGUUGGAGGAUUAAAGACCUGUUGAUUUAAUUGAAAACAUUUGUAAUGCGCAAGUAUGAAAAUACAAAAGGAGAAAAUUUCUCCAUUUUUUGUGGUGGCAUAGAACAAGAGCUGGAUUCUAAUGUAAUGAACAUGAAAUGAAACACAUGAUUCUAGAUUAUAAAAAAACGUUUACCUAGUGAUUGAUUAUUAUUAUAACACUCCACCC